AUGUCUCAGUGGGUUUCUGUUAACAAGUAUGGUAUUGUUGUUGAUUCAUUCAAUAGCAAACAAUAUCAACAACAUCAACAUUUAUUAGAUUUAAAUGUUGGUGAUCUUGUGUAUAUUAAAGCAGAGAGAGAUGGAUGGUGUAAAGGAAGUGUAUUUAGAAAUCGUUACAUUCUCAAAUAUAAGAAUUCACUACUUGGAUAUUCUACAUUAGAUAAUAAUUCAUCAUCAUCAUCCAACACAUCCGCAUCAACAACAUCAACAGAGAAUGAUGGUGCUAAUUUAAACAAUGAUCAAGAUGAUCAACAAUCAAGAACAUCAAAUAAUGCUCAACUCAAUGCAGGAUCAACUGAAGGUAUUAAAACAGCAUUGGAUUUUAAUGUGAGUGGAAUGAAUACAUUUCCAAUAGCUAAGGGUUUCUUUCCAUCUGGUUGUAUUAAGAGGAUAGAAGAGAAGAGUGAUAAACAAUCUAUUCUACCAGGUGGCUCAAGUACAGGUACAACAUCAUCAGGUCUGAGUUCUGGUUCAUUGGUUGGUGGUAGUUCAUUGAUUGGUGUUGGAGGUGGUAUUGGUAGUGGUAUUGGUGGUGGUGGUAUUGGUAUUGGAGGUGGUAUUGGAGGUGGUGGUGGUUCAUUAACUUCUGGUAAUUCUGGUAAUUCACAAAAUAAUUAUCUUCAAGGUUUAACCAAUGAUAAGAAUAGAGGUGGUGAUAAAACACUUGUUGAUUCAACACCAUUGGCAGGUAUUAUUUCUAGGGCAGGUAAAGCAAAUAAUUUAACAUUUAUCGAUGAAAUUGAUUCAAGAGAAUUUGAAGAAUCUAAAUAUGGAUUCUUUGAAGAGAAGGAUUUUGAAGUUGAACAUUGUUUUGAUUUAAUACAAGUAACAGAGGAAUGGUUAGCAUUCUUUGAUGGAUCUAGAGAGAGAAUGGAAAUUGUUGAUAGAGAUCAAUUUGAUAGAAUUUAUGAAAUUUUAACAAGAAUAUUCUUUGAUAUUAAAGAAUAUGCAAGACAUUGUGAUUUAUUAAAGGUAAUGAAAGAGAAGGGUGGAAGUGAUGGUAUUGCAAAGAUUGAAUCAAAAUUACUUAAAUUUCAAAAUAAUGAUAUCAAACUUGUAGAAGAAGGUUGUAAUGUACUUUUAUAUGAUAUUAUUAUUAGAAAGAAGGGUAAAAUUUUAGAUGAUUUAAUGCAAAUGGAUCAAUUUGUUACCAAUAAUAAUUUAGAUUCUUCUCAACAAUCCAAACAACAAACUACAAGUACUACUACACAAACUAAAUCUGCUACUUCAACUACUACUUUAACAAAUGUAAAUUCAACAAACAAUUCACAAGAAGUAUCCUCAACAAAAACACUCAAAUCCAGAUUGAGUUUUACACUUGUUGAACAAGUUAGAAAGGUAGUUGAUGCCAAAACAGGUGGAUUUUCCUCUACAUUAUUAUCAACCUCAUCAACAGUAACAACCAUUGUUAAGGUAUUUAGAAAUUAUGUUCAAACUUGUGAGAGAGAACUUGAAGCACUUCAAGAGAGAAGACAAAAGAGAGUUAAAAAUCAUGCCAAGAAGGAAACAACAGUUAGUGGUAAAAUGGGUGGUGCAUUGGGAAGAUUGGGAUUUCCAUUUCAUUUGAAUGAUGUUCUCGAUGAUACAACACAUACAGCCAGUGGUGAUGAUAGUAAACAAUUUUAUCAUUUACCAGAUGGUAAUACACAAUUAAUGGUUGCACUUGAAAAUUGUGUCAUUGAUUCAGAACAUCGAUUUGAAUUGGAAAUUUCACUCUACAGUAAGAAGGCAGAACAAAUUAUUAGUGAAAAUUUUAUUUUACAAAUGUCAUCUGCCUCUGAAAAGAAUUUAAAUCCAUCAUCUAAAACCAAUCUAGAAAGAAGAUGUAUCAUUAAGGAUAUAACAAGUAGUGAUAUUAAGGAAGAUUUGUACUUUGUUUUCAGAUUGUACAGAGUUGGACCUGUUUUAAUCGAUGAAAAAAAUAAGAAGGCAACUGCAUCAGCUGAUGUAGGUGAUGUUAAAAGACCAUUCGGUGUUGCCAUUGCAGAUAUUAAUCCAAAUGUAAUUAAUAAUAUUGUAACAGGUGAAAAUGUUAAUCUUCCUAAAAUUAGUGCAUUUGCAACAACAAAGGAAGAAAAUUUCUAUUCACUCCAUCAAUUAUUAAUCAAAUUAACAAAUGAACAUGGUGGUCAAAUUCCUUCAGAUUUACCAAAAGAUGUUUCAAAAAUUCAGGAAAUUAAGGAUUUAACAAUUUCACUUGGAAUGUUAAUUGGUGAUUAUGAACAACAAGUUUUUUCAAAGGAAAAUUUAAAAUCAAGACCAGUCAUUCAAAUGUUAAGAUUUCCAAGUGCUGUUUCACCUGGUGAUAGACGUAAUGAUAUUUAUAUUACAUUAGAAGGUUUAGCUUCAUCUGUUAAAGAAUUGAAAAAUGUUCUAGUUGAAGCUGAAUUGUAUCAAGUACCACAAUCAAUUUCAAUCAAAAAUCCACCAAUUCAUUCUGAAACACGUCCAAUGAUACCUCUCUCUACAAAUCCAAAUGAAUUUAAUAGUGGUAAUUUACCUUCUUCACUUCCACAAGAAAAGAGAAAAUUAUUCACCUCCACUGUUUUAUAUCACAUCAAAAAUCCAAAAUGGAAAGAAACAUUUAGAGUUAGUGUUGAACCUGAUUUAAUUGAUAGAUCUAUUGUUGUAUUUAAAUUAUUUAAUUGUAGAUCACGUCAUGCAACGAAGGAACUUGUUGGUUUUGCCUAUUGGAAAAUGACCAAUUCAAGUGGUUUAUUAGAUGUUACAUGUAAAAGUGAACAAGAUUCUUCAUCCUCUUCAUCAUCUGAUAAACAAUCGGCUGUUGAAAUUUCAGUCUACAAGGUAACAAAGAAAUUCAAGGGAGGUGAUUUUGCAGGUAUUUUUGAUUUCCAUAAAAAUCCAGAAGAAAGAGAAACUCAUAGAACAAAGGGUCAAAAAUUGAACAUUUCAUUCAAUGUAGUUUCAACAAGAAUUACACAAAAUCCUGAAAUGAAAAAUUUACUUGAUUGGAAAUUACAAAGAAGUGUUUCAGAUGUUGUUAAUCAAUUUACAUUCAAUAUGGGUGAUGUUAUGGGUAUUGCUAUUUUUAUUAGAGAAAUAUUUGGUGCAUUGUUUGAUAUUUUGAGUGCUAAUGAAGAUCAAGCAGGUGUACCUGAAAAGAUAUUUGAAGUUACCUAUAAGGCUAUUAACAAUAUUUUAUCACAAAAACAAUUUUGGCCAUUCUUGAGAGUUAUUGAUGAAUAUAUUACAAAUUAUUUCCAAUCUGUCAAUGCAUACAAAUGGUUAUUGAAAUUUUUAAUUAGAGAUUUAGCUAAAAUUCAAGCCAUUAAAUCAGAAGAUGAAUUAUUAAGAGAAGAUCCAUAUGAUAAGAUUAUGCCAUUCGAAUUGGAAAAUCAACAAUUUGAUGAUUUUAAUGAUAAUACUACUAAUAAUACUACUGGUAAUACUGGUAAUAAUACUAAUAAUAAUAAUACUACUGGUAAUACUACUACCACUGGUAAUACACCACCUCCAGUUCCACCUAGAAAAGUUGACGAUUCUCAACAACAACAACAACAACAAUUAGUACCAUCAGCAUCACUUGCUAAAAUUGUACCAGUUCUUUCACAAUCUAUCAAGUGUAUUGAUUAUUGGGCCAAAUUUAUUGUAAAAUCUAGAGAAAAUUAUACAGAAAGAUUUGGUUUAAAUGAUAAGGAUGAAAGUGAAUUUGAAAAACAAGUUUCAGUUUUAAUGAAACAAAUUACAAUUCUCCUUCAACAUCCACAAAAAGAAAUGUUAGGUGUUAAGGCUAAUUGUUUAAAAUUCCUGAGUUCAUCCUUCUUUGAUGAAAUGAAUAGAGUAUUCAAGGAUGAUAAGAAACUUGGUAGAGCAGUUGUUGAUUUCAUUCUAGCAAUGAAUAAUUGUUCAGCUGCUGUUGAUACAGGCAAAACUGAUACAAAGAAAACAAAGGAACAAAAAUCCUAUUCAAACAGAAUACUUGCAAUGAGUUGUGUUUUAAAGUCAAAUGUUUUCAAGAGAGAUGGAUGUAGAAAAGUUUUACUUCCAUUCAUUAUUGAUGUUAUCAGAGAUGGUAUUAUUGAAAAUAAUGGUGGUGAUAUUGAAUCAGGUGUAAUUUUAUUGAAUGAUUUACUUCAUGCCACUCAAAAAUUAAUGGUACAAUCAAAUAGAAAACAAUCACUUUUAUAUCAAUCAUUACAUACCAAUAAUUCAAAUAAUUCAAAUAAUUCAAAUAAUAAUAAUAAUAAUAGUGGUGGUAAUAAUAAUAAUGGAAUUGGUAAUACAAAGAAUAAUUCACAAUUAUUAGCUAGUUUCUCUGAGAAUACCAAUUCACAAGAUUAUUCAUUCCAAAAGAAGAGAAGACAACACUUUACAUGGAUUUCACAACAAGAACCACAAGAAGGUGAAAAUUAUUCAGAUGGACUUGUUAAAACUAUUUAUGAAAUAUUCCAAUUAUUCCAAACUGUUAAAGAUCGUUAUGAAUCAUUAACAUCAGAUGUUCAAUCACUUCGUAAAGAUAUUGAUGAUAAGAGAAGAUUAUUAGCUGAAACUCAAAAUGAAGUUGAUCAAUCAAAACAAAAUUUGAGAAGAGGUGGUAAUAAUGCAACAUCUAAUAAUUCAUCUUCUGCUGGUAAUUCAUCAGGAGGAGUUACAACACAACGUGCUACCAAUAUUAAUCAAGCCAAUACUCAGAAGGAAAUUGAUGAAAAUGAAAAGAAACUUCUCCCAUUAGAAAAUAUCAGAAGAGAAUUAAUGUGUUCCAUUAUUAGUUUUGUUAAAAUGUACAGUGGUAGUUCAAUUUUAUUAUUAUCACAUUUAAUUAAUGAUGAAAAGGUAGCAACAGGUUUAGCACAACAAUCAUUGAGAAAUUUAAUGUAUUUACAUGAAUUGAUUACUUCUAAAACUAAUAGUAUACCUAGAGAAUGGAUUGGAUUUAGAUCAUUCCAAUUAAAUACUUUAUUUAGAAGUUUAAUUUCAAUUUCAAAUGUAAUGAUUCAUCAUUUCACUAUUGAAAAGGAUAGUUUAACAAGUAUUGUACAAUCUAAUUUUAUUGAUAAUGUAGAUUUUAUUAAUAGUAAUACUAAUAGUAAUACUAAUAUUUCUACUAAUAAUUCUAACAAUAAUAGUAAUACAUCCAAUAAUGGUAAUAAUAAUAAUAAUAAUACAUCUAAUAAUAAUAAUAAUAAUAAUAAUAAUAUAAUUGGUGGUGGAGAAGAACAAACACCAAUUGAAUAUAAAGAAUUAUGGGAUAUGUUAUUUAAACAUUUCUUUGGAUUUAUAAAUUAUAUGGAUUUGGAGAAUAAUAGGGCCUUUGAAAGAGUGAUCAUGUUAUCUAAACAUGAAGAUUAUCGUUACAUGUUAUUAAAACACAUUUAUGAUAAUAUUUAUAAUCAUUCCAAUAUGAGAAAAGAUAUUAAAUUAAUAUUUGUACCUAAAUUAGUACAUCAAAUUAUGACAUUAUUUAAUAUUGAUAAUAGAUUAUUACAUGGACCUGCUAUUAAAUUAUAUUAUGCUCUAUUAGAAACUGAAUUUGAAAAUCAUAAGAGAUUGGCACAAUGUGAAGCUGUUACACAAAGUAGAUUGGUUCGAUCUAAAAUUGGUCGUUUAUUUAAACAAUCAUUUACAGAUUGUUUAAAAUCAAUGUUUGAAAAGGACAUUAAUAAUACCAAUAAUAAUACAAAUACAAAUAAUACCAAUACUACAAAUAAUAAUACUACAAAUACAAAUACAAAUCAACAACAACAACUUGGUAAAGAAGGAUUAUUAUUAUUAAAUAGAUUGGAAACAUUAAUUUCUCAAGUUGAACAAAUUCAAACCUUUGAAGAUAAGGAUGAACAUAAAUUCUGUGAAGCAUGUAUUGAUGUGAUGAGAUCAUUUAAAAUUAAUCACAAUUAUGAUUUAUAUUAUCAAUAUGUUGAUAAAUUAUCAGCCGUACAUGAAAGAUAUGGUAAUUAUAUUGAAGCAGCCUUAGUAUUAUAUAAACAUGCUAAGAGAUUACAAUGGAAUGAUGAAAGAAAAUUACCCUAUCAUUCAGAUGAAUAUCCAGAACAAUCUGAAGCUGAUAGAAAGAUUAAACUCUAUGAAAAGAUGAUUGAUUUAUUUGAUAAAGGUAAAGAUUGGGAGAGAGCAAUUGAACUUUCAAGACAAUUAAGAAAUUACUAUUUACACAAUUACAAAUAUGCCAAAACACAAAAUUUGUUAAAGAGAGAGGGUGAAUUUUAUAAUUUAAUCAUGACAAAGAGAAGAUUCUUUGCCUCCUAUUAUUAUGUUAAUUUUAUGGGAAGAGGAUUUUUAAAGAUGGGUCUACAGGGACCAUACAUUUAUAAAUCGGUGGAAGGUGAAAAUUUUAUGGAUUUUUUAAAUGGCUUAAAAGAUAAAUAUCAAGCACAAUUAUUUCAAAAGACACCAACCGAUCCAGAACAAUACAGAGAACAAGAAGGUAGAUUCUUUGUUGCCUAUCACGUUGAUCAAAGUUCAGAAUUUGAAUGGGAAAAUAUAUUCCAACAUCGUGAUAAGAGAAUUUCACCUAAAAUUCUAUGUUAUAGAAAAUUACAUAAUAUUAAUCAUUUUAAAUCUGAAUCACGUUAUAGAGAAUCAAAAGAAAAAACCAAUAAUGAAUAUAAGGAUAUGCAUAGAGAAAUUACAUUCUUUAUCACUCCAAAGAAAUUCCCAACCAUUUGUAGACGUCAGAGAAUUUUAUGUGGUGAUUCAUUGAAAAUCUAUCAAGAUAAAUUAUCAUUGAAUGAGAAAUUGAAAUAUAGAGACUAUUCACAAUGUAUUGAUUUAUCAAAUAUUAGUUAUAUUGCCAAUGAUAAAUUAUUACAUUUAUGUCCAUUAGAGAAUGCUACUAAAGAUAUUGAAGAUAAAGUUAAUGAAUUGGAAGAAUUGGUUAUUAAUCACCAUUUAGAUCAACAACCAGAUACUAAUGCAUUAUCAAUGUCAUUGAAUGGUACUAUUGAUGCAGCUGUUAAUGGUGGUCAGGAGAAGUAUAUUUCUGCAUUCUUCACAGAACAAUAUGUUUCAACACAUCCAGAACAUGAUUUAUUAUUGAAGAGAUUUAAAAUUGCUCUACAAAAUCAAAUUUUCAUUUUAGAAGAAGGUUUGAGACAGAGAAGAUUAUUUGUUGAAGGUAAAGCUGUUGCAUUGAAUGAAUAUUUAGAAACACGUUUACAAGAAAUGAAAAAGAAAUUAGAAGAAUUAUUAUUUAAAUAAAUAUAUAAAAAAUUACAAUUGUAUUAU